AUGGCCAGAACAAAGCAAACUGCAAGAAAGUCCACUGGUGGUAAAGCCCCAAGAAAGCAAUUGGCUUCCAAGGCUGCCAGAAAGUCCGCACCAUCUACUGGUGGUGUCAAGAAGCCUCACAGAUAUAAGCCAGGUACCGUCGCCCUGAGAGAAAUCAGAAGAUUCCAAAAGUCUACUGAGCUCUUGAUCAGAAAGCUGCCAUUCCAAAGAUUGGUCAGAGAAAUCGCUCAAGACUUCAAGACCGACCUCAGAUUCCAAUCUUCUGCCAUUGGUGCUUUGCAAGAGUCCGUUGAGGCUUACUUGGUCUCACUCUUUGAGGACACUAACUUGUGUGCCAUCCACGCCAAGAGAGUUACCAUCCAAAAGAAGGAUAUUCAAUUGGCCAGAAGAUUGAGAGGUGAGAGAUCCUAA